AAACACACUUUUUGUGCGUAUGGAACAUUUAUAACAGUGUAGGAUAAAAUAUCGAUAAUUGUGCACAUUUUCCAUAAUGUUCGUCCUAACUUUUAUUUACCAAGUAUACUGGACGGGACUCUUAUUCUGAAUGAUUCCAAAAAUCCGUGACCUGGAAAUACUUAAUUAUUCUUGCUUGCUUUACACACUGAACUACUUCACAGCGUCUAAUUUUUUAGCACGUGUAUUUGCGUUAUUGUUAUUGAACCAGACCGGACGCGGAGGUAGGAGACAGCUGUCUUUCAAAUAAAUAACUACACAGUCCACCAGUGUCCAUAAACAGUAACAAAUCAUGAACCGGCUGCCUGCAGACACCGUGAGGCUUCUGUCCAGCUGUCAGGUCAUCAACUCUGUGGUAAACGUGGUGAAGGAGCUGCUGGAGAAUUCCUUGGAUGCUGGUGCCUUGAGCAUCGACAUUAAACUGGAGAAUUAUGGUUUUGAUCGAAUAGAAAUCAGAGACAAUGGCUCUGGCAUCAAAGCUGCUGAUACUGCUGUGAUGGCUGUGCAACACUACACCUCUAAGAUCUGCAGCCACGACGACCUGGAGCACCUGGCGACAUAUGGCUUCAGAGGAGAGGCCCUGGGCUCCAUCUGCGCUGUGGCAGAGGUAGCUGUCACGACAAAGACGUCAGAGGACGACGUCGGGACCCAAUACACGCUUGACCUCACGGGAAGUGUUGUUUCCCAGAAGCCCUCUCACCUAGGGCAAGGUACCACAGUCUGUGCACUGAAGCUUUUUAAGAAUCUCCCAGUGAGGAGGCAGUACUAUGCCAACACGAAGAAGUGCAAGGAGGAGUUGAAGAAGGUGCAGGACCUACUCAUGGCCUAUGCCAUUAUAAAACCAGAGCUGAGACUCACCCUCACUCACAAUAAGGUGGUGUUGUGGCAGAAGGCCAAGGUGUCCGAUCACAGGAUGGCUCUCAUGGCUACACUCGGGCCCAACGCUGUGGCCCACCUGCUCCCCGUCCACCAUCAACAACCAGAGAUCGUAAUUGAUGGAUUCUUUCCCAGACCUGGUAUGGAUUGCUCUUUAGCAAGCUCCAGUAACCCCGACAAAACAUUUAUCUUUGUGAAUGAUCGACCUGUCCACCAGAAGGAUGUCCUGAAGGUGGUCCGGCAGCACUUCCUGGCUCAGUACCCGGCAGACUCUGCCCUCAAUCGUUAUCCCACUGUGAUGCUCAAUAUCACUGUUCCCUCAUCCACUGUAGACGUUAACCUGACACCCGACAAGACCCAGAUUCUGCUCCAGAACAAGGUUGCCGUGCUGGCUGCACUGGAGACGCUGUUGGUUUCCUUCUAUGGCCCUGGGUUGGGGUCUGCCACUGAGGCUACACCAGUCACUACAGAAUAUGAUGGAGGUAGCGGCCUGCAUGCUGGCCCAUCACUGGGCGACUGUAGGGGAAAUGCUGAGUUGGAGGACAGUCUUGCGGAGCACAGUGUCAGAGUGGCCAAAGCUCCAUCUGACUGCAGUGAUGGCUCUCUAUCCAGGGUAGUGGCUGGUGACCAGACAGCAGACACUAGCUCCUCCUCUUCCUCUGAAGACUGGAUAGUUAACCUAAAUCCAGGGGACUUUGACCUGGCAUUUCCACAAUUGGAAGAUUACAUGGCUUCGACCGGCACCGGGACAACAAAUCCAGGCACGGCCAAAGGCCUGGAGAGGCUCGACAACCACCACCAAGGUCAUGACAAAGGCAAAGACGUUGAGCAGUUAUCAGCAGUGAGUUGGAGCCGAGGAACAGCUCUGACAGACCCCUCCACAGGCGAGCCGUUGCAGCCCGUCAAGAUCCACCUGGCCACCGGAUGGAGCAGUGACCUUGGCCAGGUCAAGGCCAAUGGUCAGAGCAGCCCUGGUAAAAAGGUGUCCAACGCUAUAACGGAGAAACGGGCGGCGCUGACGGCCUACGACUUGAUCAAUAACCGUGCCAUGAGGACACCCCUGUCCCCUGCCGCCCUGUUUGAGAGGGAGACCCGGGCGUCAGUUCUCCAGGAGAAGCCCACAGCCAGCCUCCAGGACAUCACCACUGCCGUGCAGGAGCGAUGGAAAAACCUGGGGGAGGAGGACCGAAAAAAGUAUGAUGAUAAGGCAAAGAAACACCUGGAACGCUAUGACCUCCAGACCAAGCUGGCCUCUGAUCGAGAUGUGAGAGAGCCCGAGAGGCGGCUCUGUCAGGUCUCCCCGCUGAGUCGGCCCCAGGGCCAGAAACGCAAGGUCCUGCCUUCUAACCAGCCGGUCCUAGACCAGCUCUUCUUUUCCCAGUCCCAGAAAAAGAGGAGCCCUGGGCCAAAGCCCUCACAACCGCUAUCGUUCAGUGUGGUUACCCUCAGGCAGCGGCUUCAUCGCCUCUCGUUCCAGAGCAACCCAAGACCUCAGGGCCUCCGGCUUGUAAACCGCUUGGCCUCUCAAAGCGCCUGGGUCGUUUUAUGUGGUAGAAAGCUCAUGUUGUUAAAUCCAUUUCGGGUGGAGGAGGCCUUGCUGUUUAAGAGACUUCUGGAGAAUAAUAUACUUCCAGCAGCGAGCCUGCAGAACCCGAUACAGUUAACAGAUAGUAUCCUAGGGGGUGCUGAGUAUACUCAGUCUCUCUGUACAAUGGAGAAGGGAAGUCCUGAGCUGAGAGGAAUGGCCAUCUUCUCUGAUCCCAGGCUUGUGGCCAACGGGUUUCAAAUCACACUCACUCCAGGGUCCUCGUCCACUGAGAGACAUCUGGAAGUGACAGCGAUGGCCGACUGCGUGCCUUUCCUCGGUAUGGAGGACCUCAGGGAGAUCCUUACAGCUGUUCUGCACAGGAAUGCUAAGACCGUACAGGAGUGCCGGCCGCUAAAAGUCACCAACUACCUUCAGGGAGAAGCUGUUCGACUGGCCCGUCAGCUGCCUGUUACCCUUGCCAAAGAGGAUGUAGAGAACAUACUUUUGCGGAUGCAACAGCAGCUAGAGGAGACCAGCCAAGCCUGCAUCCAUGGACAAGCCUUUUUCCACCACCUUUCUGACAUUCCUGACACCGAACAAGAGGCGCUGAAGAUCAUGUCCAAUAUUUUGUAGCUUUGUUAUCUUUUGUUACCUUUUCCAUGGAGGUAUAGAGCUAGUUAAAACAAACCCUGGAUAAAGUGCAUUCGGAAAGUAAUCAGACCCCUUGACUUUUUCCACAUUUUGUUAUGUUACAGUCUUACUCUAAAAGGGAUUAACUUGUUUUUUGUUCAUCAAUCUACACACUACACCAUAAUGACGAAGCAAAAACAGGUUUUUAGACAUUUUUGCAAAUGUAUUCAAAAUGAAACACUGAAAUAGUACAUUUACGUAAGUAUUCAGACCCUUACUCAGUACUUUGUUGAUGCACCUUUGACAGCGAUUACAGCCUCAUAUUCUUGGGUAUGACGCUACAAGCUUGGCACACCUGAAUUUUGGGGGGGUUUCUCCCUUUUUUCUCUGGAGAUUCUCUCAAGCUCUGUCAGGUUGGAUGGGGAGCGUCGCUGCACAGCUAUUUUCAGGUCUCUCCAGAGAUGUUCGGGUUCUGCCCGGGUUCUGGCUGGCUGGCAUUGAGAGACUUGUCCCGAAGUCACUCCUGCAUUGUCUUGGCUGUGUGCUUAAGGUCGUUGUCCUGUUGGAAGGUGAACCUUUGCCCCAGUCUGAGGUCCUGAGUGCUCUGGAGCAGGUUUUCAUCAAG